AGGAGAAAGCCAGACAGGCUGCAGCAGAACAAGAGAGAAGCUGCUGGUCAAGCCACGAUGAAGACACUCCUCCUAUUGCUUGUGGUGCUCCUGGACCUGGGACAGGCCCAAGGAGGCCUUCACAGGGUGCCUCUCAGUAGGCGGGAGUCCCUCCGGAAGAAGCUGCGGGCCAAGGGCCAGCUCUCAGAGUUCUGGAAGUCCCAGAACUUGGACAUGAUUCAGUUCACUGAGUCCUGCACAGCAGACCAGAGUGCCAAUGAGCCCCUCCUCAACUACCUGGAUGUGAGGCCUCCUGGGAUGGGGCUGGGGAGAGCUGGGAGUUGGGAGGAAGGCUCCGCCUCCAGCAGCCAGUGCUGUAUCAGCCAGAUGGAGUACUUCGGCACUAUCUCCAUUGGAUCCCCACCGCAGAACUUCACCGUCAUCUUUGACACCGGCUCCUCCAAUCUCUGGGUCCCCUCUGUGUACUGCACCAGCCAAGCCUGCCAGACACACUCCGUGUUCCACCCUUCCCAGUCCAGCACAUACAGCGAGGUGGGGACCUCCUUCUCCAUUCAGUAUGGGACUGGGAGCCUGACUGGGAUCAUUGGAGCCGACCAGGUCUCUGUGGAAGGGCUGACUGUGACUGGCCAGCAGUUUGGAGAAAGUGUCAAAGAGCCAGGCCAGACCUUUGUGAACGCAGAGUUUGAUGGAAUUCUGGGCCUUGGAUACCCCUCACUGGCUGCUGGAGGGGUGACUCCAGUGUUUGACAAUAUGAUGGCCCAAAACCUGGUGGAUCUGCCGAUGUUUGCUGUCUACAUGAGCAGCAACCCAGAAGGUGGCUCAGGCAGUGAGCUGACUUUCGGAGGCUAUGACCCCUCCCAUUUCUCUGGGAGCCUGAACUGGGUCCCUGUCACCAACCAAGGUUACUGGCAGAUUGCGUUGGAUGGAAUCCAGGUGGGAAACAAUGUUAUGUUCUGCUCCGAGGGCUGCCAGGCCAUUGUGGACACAGGGACCUCUCUCCUCACUGGCCCUUCUAACAAAAUCAAGCAGCUGCAAGAGGCCAUUGGGGCCACCCCGGUGGAUGGAGAAUAUGCUGUGGAUUGCGCCAACCUCAACGUCAUGCCCAAUGUCGCCUUCAUCAUCAACGGGGUCUCCUACACCCUCAGCCCAACUGCCUACAUCCUGCCGGAUGUCGUGGAUGGAGCACAGUUCUGUGGCAGUGGCUUUCAAGGGCUUGACAUUCAGCCUCCAUCCGGACCCCUCUGGAUCCUGGGGGAUGUCUUCAUUCGACAGUUCUAUGCAGUCUUUGAUCGUGGCAAUAACCAAGUGGGGCUGGCCCCAGCAGUCCCCUAAGAAGGGGUUUAUGUCUGUGCCUGGCUACCCAACACCCCUGGGACCUAUUAAAUUGGGGCAUUCUUUACACCUGUCAAAAAGUUAUCACAGAACACAGUUGUUUCCAGAGUUGCAGCUUGAAUUAGGACCACAUGGAGCAUGAAAACAUACACACACACAUACACACACACACACACACACAUGCAGAGCCUCACAAA